AUGCACAAACGGAUGCUUGAUAUGGUGCACAUCGACUGUGUCUUGAGACAUCCGAGGCCCACAAUUCUAGCACAGAUGCCCACAUUCCUCCUGCUAUGGGGAGCCCCUCUCCUGUUACUCUCCAUUGUCUCUGUCACCUCUGCGCAGGGCCUUAUUGCGGUCCCUCCCACCUUGACGCCCGAGCUGGGCUUCUAUUACCUCAACAAGCUCAGGCUGACACAGCCAGGGAUUGAGUUCUACUCAAUCUUGUUGCAGCGCAAUAGUGCCCGCGUCAACGCCUACGUCCAGGUCAAUAAUCUUUUACAAACUGACACCCCCAAGGGAGCUGCGGCCAAGAGUUCUUCCGUGCGCGCGGUUUACACCGCAAACACACUUGGGGGGAAGGUGACGAUUGAGAGCUUCUACCGGCUGCUGCGCUGCGAGGACGACGGGUGCUUUGGGAUCAGCAGGGUAGUUGUGGCGGAGGUGGACAAUGGGCCUAACAACCGCACCUAUCCCAUGAUUGUGGUCAAGUCAACCAUGGGCAACACUUCUUGGCUGCUUGGCGCUCCGCAAGGCGCUGUCAAAAUUCUUCUUGACACCGCCGGCGAGCGCUCCUACACUGAUCCCUUGUACAAGAGCUUUGCGCUGUACCACAAGCUGGUCAAGCGCCCCGCCCCGUGCAGCUCGGCCCUCCCCAUGACCGGCGCGGGGGCGCUUUCGGAGUUUUUCGGGUUGCCAGGGUUCUCGUGCAUCCAGUACCAAAACAUCACGGUCAUAGUGGGGGCCAGCGCGAGCAGUAUGGCCGCCGUGAUGCUUUAA